GGCGGUCAGCACGACGGGAUGAGCGGCGGCGGCGGCGGCUCGGGCCCGGGCUCGGGGUCCUCCCCAGCCGCCUGCCGCUUCGCGCACUACUUCGUGCUGUGCGGGAUCGAUGCGGACAGCGGGCUGGAGCCCGACGAGCUGGCGGUUUUGUACCAAUGGCUAGAAGCAGAUCGUCAUGGCAAGAGCCCAGAUACCUCAAAUACAACUUCAGGUGAAAAUUUUGACCAGAGUCCUUUGAGAAGAACAUUCAAAUCCAAAGUUGUGGCCCACUAUCCUCAGAACAUAGAAUGGAACCCUUUCGAUCAAGAUGCAGUGAACAUGCUGUGCAUGCCGAAAGGGCUGUCAUUCAGAACACAAGCUGACAGUAGGGAGCCUCAGUUCCACUCCUUCAUUGCCACCCGGGAGGACGGCUCUCGCACCCACGGCUUCGUCCUCACCUUCUAUGAGGAAGUUACAAGUAAGCAGAUCUGCACAGCCAUGCAGACGCUGUACCAGAUGCACCUCGCUGAGCAGUGUGGCAGCGUCUGUGCCUCCUCCUCCUGCAGCAUGGACUCGCUGGCGAGCAGUGUCGAUGAGGGAGAUGCAACCUCGCUUCUAAAACUGCAGCGACACAACUCUUACGACAUCAACAGAGACACCUUGUAUGUCUCAAAGAGUAUAUGUUUGAUCACACCUCUGCCUUUCAUGCAAGCCUGCAAGAAAUUCCUCCUCCAGCUUUACAAGGCGGUCACCUCACAGCAGCCGCCACCAUUGCCGCUUGAAAGCUACAUCCACAAUAUUCUCUAUGAGGUGCCCCUUCCACCUCCAGGGAGGUCACUCAAGUUUUACGGCGUGUAUGAACCCAUCAUCUGCCAGAGGCCUGGCCCCAACGAACUCCCUCUUUUUGACUACCCUCUGCGAGAGGCCUUUGAGCUCCUGGGCCUGGAGAACCUGGUGCAGGUGUUCACCUGUGUGCUGUUAGAGAUGCAGACUCUUCUCUACUCACAAGAUUAUCAGCGCCUCAUGACUGUGGCAGAAGGCAUUACCACACUCUUGUUCCCAUUUCAGUGGCAGCAUGUCUAUGUGCCCAUCCUCCCUGCUUCUUUGCUGCAUUUUCUUGAUGCCCCUGUCCCUUAUCUGAUGGGUCUUCAGUCAAGAGAAGGAACGGACCGCUCUAAAUUAGAGCUUCCUCAAGAGGCUAAUUUGUGCUUCGUGGAUAUUGACAACCAUUUUAUUGAGUUGCCUGAAGAAUUUCCCCAGUUCCCCAAUAAAGCGGACUUUAUCAAAGAGCUGUCUGAAGUUCUUCUCCAAUUUGGGAUUCCUCCUGAGGGCAGCCUGCAUUGUAGUGAGAGUGCCACCAAACUAAAGAAUAUGGUUCUGAAAGACCUGGUCAAUGACAAAAAGAACGGCAACGUCCCCAGCAGUAACGUGAGCGUGUACGAGUUCCUGAGGAGCAGCGAAACCAUGGCCCGCCUCCAGGCUCUCGCUGAGAGGACUGGCGUGGCCAUGGAGAAAAUGGACCUCUCAGCUUCUCUGAGUGAAAAGGAGAAGGAUCUAAAAUUGCAGUGUGAAGAGGCGGAGCUCAGGGACUACCAGCUCAAUGUGCAGCUACGAGAGGUCUUUGCCAGCCGCUUCACACAGAUGUUUGCAGAUUAUGAAGCAUUUGUGAUUCAGACUGCCCAGGACAUGGAAUCCUGGCUGACCAACCGGGAGCAGAUGCAGAACUUUGACAAAGCUUCUUUCCUCUCUGACCAGCCUGAACCUUGCCUGCCAUUUCUUUCACGCUUCAUUGAAACACAAAUGUUUGCCACCUUCAUUGAUAAUAAGAUCAUGUCUCAAUGGGAGGAGAAAGACCCUCUGCUUCGGGUCUUUGAUUCUCGGAUUGAGAAGAUAAGACUGUAUAACGUAAGAGCACCCACCCUGCGGACAUCGACAUAUCAGAAAUGCAGCAGUUUAAAGGAAGCAGCCCAGUCAAUUGAGCAAAGACUGAUGAAAAUGGAUCACACUGCAAUCCACCCACAUCUGCUUGACAUGAAAAUUGGUCAAGGCAAAUAUGAGCAAGGGUUCUUUCCAAAGCUACAGUCCGAUGUCUUGGCCACAGGACCAGCCAGCAACAACCGGUGGGUGAGUCGCAGCGCCACAGCGCAGCGCAGGAAAGAACGGCUCCGCCAGCACUCUGAACACAUCGGGCUGGACAAUGAGCUGCGGGAGAAAUAUAUGCAAGAGGCACGAACCAUAGGAAAAAACCUGAGGCAACCAAAACUGUCAGAUCUCUCCCCUGCUGUGAUUGCACAAACCAACUGGAAAUUUGUAGAAGGCUUAUUAAAAGAAUGCAGAAUGAAGACAAAACGCAUGCUGGUAGAGAAGAUGGGACAUGAGGCAGUGGAGCUGGGCCAUGGGGAAGCAAACAUCACUGGCUUGGAGGAAAACACCUUGAUCGCCAGCCUCUGUGACCUCCUGGAGAGGAUAUGGAGCCAUGGCUUACAGGUCAAACAGGGGAAAUCUGCCUUGUGGUCACAUUUAAUUCAGUUUCAGGAUAGAGAAGAGAAACAAGAACACCUCACAGAUUCACCAGUUGCCCUUGGACCAGAGAGAAGAAAAUCUGACUCGGGAGUUAUGUUACCAACGCUCAGGGUCUCUGUUAUUCAAGACAUGAGGCACGUUCAGAACAUGAGCGAGAUCAGGACAGAUGUUGGACGAGCUCGCGCGUGGAUACGGCUGUCUCUGGAGAAGAAGCUGCUGUCUCAGCAUCUCAAGCAGCUGCUCUCCAACCAGCCGCUGACCAAGAAACUUUAUAAGCGCUAUGCUUUCCUACGCUGUGAAGAGGAAAGAGAACAGUUUCUUUACCAUCUGCUUUCCCUCAAUGCUGUGGACUAUUUCUGCUUUACCAGUGUGUUCACCACUAUCAUGAUUCCUUAUAGAUCAGUAAUCAUUCCAAUUAAAAAGCUGAGCAAUGCGAUCAUCACCUCAAACCCGUGGGUGUGUGUCUCAGGAGAGCUGGGCGACACGGGAAUAAUGCAGAUUCCAAAAACCCUGCUUGAGAUGACGUUUGAGUGCCAGAACCUGGGGAAGCUCACUACAGUUCAGAUCGGCCACGAUAACUCUGGACUGUUGGCCAAAUGGCUGGUGGACUGUGUCAUGGUCAGAAAUGAGAUCACAGGACACACAUACAGAUUCCCGUGUGGGCGGUGGCUGGGGAAGGGCAUUGAUGAUGGCAGCCUGGAAAGGAUUCUGAUUGGAGAAUUGAUGACAUCCGCUUCAGAUGAAGACCUGGGAAAGCAGUGUCGGACUCCACCGCAGCAGAGAUCUCCCACAACCACCAGGAGGCUGAGCAUCACGUCGCUGACGGGAAGGGCUGCCAAGCCCAAUGCUGGACAGAUCCAAGAAGGGAUUGGAGAAGCCGUGAACAAUAUUGUGAAGCAUUUUCACAAACCUGAGAAAGAGAGAGGAAGCCUCACAGUGCUGUUGUGUGGAGAAAAUGGCCUGGUUGCUGCACUUGAACAAGUUUUCCAUCAUGGGUUCAAAUCUGCCCGCAUCUUUCACAAGAAUGUCUUCCUCUGGGACUUCGUAGAGAAAGCAGUGGCUUAUUUUGAAACCACUGACCAGAUUUUAGACAAUGAAGCUGAUGUACUCAUUCAGAAAUCACCUUGCAAAACCUUCUGCCACUAUGUGAACGCUGUCAAUACUGCACCCAGGAACAUUGGGAAGGACGGCAAAUUCCAGAUUCUAGUUUGCCUUGGAGCAAGGGAUCACCUGCUCCCACAGUGGAUCCCCUUGCUAGCAGAGUGCCCUGCCAUCGCCCGGAUGUACGAGGAGAGCGCACUCCUGCGAGAUCACAUGACUGUCAACUCCCUUAUCCGAAUUCUGCAGACCAUAAAGGAUUUCACCAUAGUCUUGGAAGGAUCGCUAAUCAAAGGAGUAGACGUGUAAAGCAGCCUACAGAAGCUGCUCGCCCUGCCCUUGGCUCCGGAGCCUUCCUCAGCCCAGGGGACCGAUCUGUACUGAUCUGGCCGUACUGAGCAUGGCAAGGCCAGUGCACCUGAAACCCCAGUGUGAACAACCUCCACUCUGCAGACAAGGCAAAGUGCUGUACUGUAGUUCAUUUGAACCUAAAAUUUAGUAUCAAAUAGAGUAUUUUCAUGUGUUGGAAUUGUGUAAAUAUGCUAUCUUUAAGAAACUAUAUUACUCUAGUAAGAUACUUUUCUUAGAUUGUAUAUUCCUGUGACUUAAAUAAUAAGUAGGUUAACAAUGUUGUGUGGGGAGAGUGGUGCUGGUUAGGAGGAAGCCAGCUGGUGUGUAAAUAGUGCUGCCCAGGUGAGUGCUUUGUUCUGAAGCAGCCCUCCCUCCUGG